AUGUCAGGCUCGGGCACGACGAGUGGAGGUCCUAAUACUCCACCAAACACUCCUCCAAUGAACUUUGGAUCCUUCCAAAACCAGCCAGGAAACCCUCAAGGCAACAACAACAACAACCGAGCUGCAGAUCUGAGUUUCGGUAACCCAUUCUACAUAAAUCCCAAUGAGAAUUUAGCUCAAUCUAUCGUACCCAUUGUUUUAGAUGGCCCAAAUUAUCAGACCUGGUGUAAGGCAGUGAAGGUGGUUCUUAAGACUAAGAACAAGCUGGGUUUUAUAGAUGGGUCGAUUGUUGCUCCGAACAGAAAUGACAAUUUAUUUCAGAUCUGGGAUGCUUGUAACACGAUUGUGCUGUGUUGGAUUACUAAUUCUCUGGAAAAGGACAUAGCAAGAAGUGUCCUGAGUCAUGAUAAUGCUUAUGCUUUGUGGAAUGAACUUAGAGAUCGUUAUGGUCAAGCUGAUGCACAGAAGCUUACUAACCUUGAGGAUGAAAUUCAUUCCACUAAGCAAGGAACACAGACUAUUACACAGUACUAUACACACAUGAAAGGUCUUUGGGAAGAGUAUACUCAGUUUAACCCUAUUGUGCCUUGUGGUUGUUUACCUGGAAAUCCUGUGCCUUGUGCUGCUGUUGAAGCAUUUAAGUUGAAGCAGAAUACAGAUUACCUCAUUCGAUUCCUACGAGGGUUGAAUCCUGAGUAUGACUACAUCAGGACACAGCAGCUGAUGCAGAAGCCUCUGCCAACAGUAGUGCAAGCUUUCCAUGAUCUAUUACAGCAUGAGCAGAAACUUAAGGCAGAUGGGAAAGGAUCUGGUAACAAGGCAACAACUCAAUCAGUUGCUUUAGCAGCUGGUUCUUACAGUGGAAAUGGUUCUUCAAAUUCCAACUCAACAACUAAGAAUCCAUACAAGGGAAAUGGAGGUGGAGAAACUGGUACCUACAAAGGAAGUGGAAGUGGUGAGACUGACCAGUUGUUUUGUAACUACUGCAAGAAAACAAAUCAUGUAAUCAAGGACUGCUGGAGACUUAAGAAGAAGAGACAGGAGAGAGAGGGAUCAGGCAAUAGGUUUUCUAGUGCAGUAGCCCAGGAUGCAGAUGUUGAAGGAGACAGGAACUCACAAGUUGAGGUUGGAAUUAGGUUUUCAAACACUACUGGAGGUUUUACUGCAGAGGAAAUGAACAAGCUGAGAACCCUCUUGCAGUCUUCAAGUUCCAGUUCACCAACCUCCCCUCAGAGUCCUGCAAUCAAUCACAGGUCACAUUCUGUGACUAACUAUCUGCCUCAAUUCCCAAGCUAUGCAGGACCUAGUGACCAGCAAGAGAAUUGGUUUGGCAAAAGAACAUAG